AUGGAAUCUUAACCAUGGUACUGUAUCCUAGACAGCCAAACCAAGUACCAGUAGGCUGUUGGGCCAACAUAAACGACCAGCGUACUUGGCGCUGCAACAAAACGACAACGGUAUUUGUUCUUUACUAAACUUUUCGCGGGAAGAAAGUCGUCUCUUACCCUUUUAGUAGAAGCAGCUGGAGUGAUUCCUGGAGUCAAGUCGGAGAAUACCUAAAUCCUCUCGAUCCCAAUCUCUCCAGCGCCAAAUUUUAUAAAAAUGUGGAGAUAUUCAAGCUGGAUUUCGAUUCUCACAUGUCUUUCUCUCUCGUUUUUUCAUGCCUCAUGUGAUGAAGAUCCCCUUCUUGGAUCUGCUCGUGUUGUUUUCCAGACAAACUAUGGAGACAUUGAAUUUGGAUUUUAUCCUGAUGUUGCUCCCAAAACAGUUGAACACAUUUUCAGACUUGUUCGCUUGGGGUGCUAUAAUACCAAUCACUUUUUCCGGGUUGAUAAGGGAUUUGUUGCCCAAGUGGCUGAUGUUGUUUAUGGAAGAUCAGCUCCUCUGAAUGACAAGCAGAGGGAGCAUGGUGAAAAAACAAUAGUCGGUGAAUUUAGUAAGGUCAAACAUGUAAGGGGAAUCCUUUCAAUGGGAAGGCACUCUGACCCAAACAGCGGAGGCUCCUCUUUUUCAAUGCUUCUUGGGGAUGCUCCUCACCUGGAUGGCGAGUAUGCAAUAUUUGGUAAAGUUACUAAAGGUGAUGAGACAUUGAGAAAGCUCGAGGAACUCCCAACUCGCCGGGAGGGGAUAUUUGUAAUGCCAAAGGAGCGCAUCACCAUCCUAUCAUCCUACUAUUAUGAUACUGAAGCUGAGUCAUGUGAGCAAGAGAUAUCCACCCUGAAAAGAAGGCUUGCUGCAACAGCAAUGGAAGUUGAAAGACAGAGAAUGAAAUGUUUACCAUGAUCCAAGCAGUUAAAUCAUCGUCAACUGGGAUUAUCAUUUCUUGCAGAGAAUAAAAUGCUUCAAACCAAGAAACCAAGAGAGUUAGGAAUUGCUGUCUGCCACUGUAAGUUUUGCCUGUAAUACCGUUUCAGACAGAAAAUUCAUGAAGAAAACAUAUUUGUAAAAGUAGUACUUCGUAUUGAAGAUGACUAAUUUUAAUGAUAUGAAAUUUUCAGCAUAACACUUCAA